CAAAACAAACAAAGGGAAUGAUUGUACAAAACUUACCGAUAUAAUGCCAGAAACGAAAAUUCCAUUGUUCUUGCGUAAGAAGGCAGACAGUGUUUUGAGAAACGAAUCUAAGGAUAAGACAGAAAAAGCCAGCAGCUCAGCUCCAAACAGAAGUUGUUUUGCUGACAAAAUACAAGAGCUUAGAAAUUUACUUCCCGAUAACAUAAGUGAUUCUUGCGGGAUGAACAGCGCGGUUUUACAGGCGACAAUUGCAUACAUUAAACUGCUCAAAAGAAAAGACAGUAAUGUAAAUCGAUUAGCAAAGAAACUGGAAAUGUGUAAUUUAGAAGUUAGAAAAUUAAUGAGAAGACUAGAGACCCUGGAGAACCUUUAUUCGGCAAACCCAAUAAAUAACUAGAAUUUUAUAGAUAGUCAAGUGAGUUCAGCACACUGAUUGAGACGAUCGAUAUAACAAGUUUUCAUUUGCAAAAUCUCAGCCUGGAUGUAAGUGCACUACUGAAGAAACUUCUGUAUUUAAUAAACUUUGAACUUUUUUAACUGUGAAAUUGGUUUGUACUGUGGGCGAAAUGACAUAUUCUCAAAUAGUUACGACCCAGUAACACAGGACAACAAGCAGGGAUCUCAGCAGAACAGACAACUUACAUGUUUUGGAUUGUCCCAUUUUCACUUUUCCACAUUUUCACAUUUUGUUGCCUUCCUUGUGUUCGUUGAAUUCAAUGUGGAUUUAAAAUAGAAAAAAAACACACUCCAGAACUGCUGUAGAAAAAGAAACCAUUGAUUUUUUUCUCUCAAACAUUUAACAGCUUACUCUUAGUCUCUCUUGUCACAUACAUUAUAAAUCUUAUAUUUAUAUCAUUAAAUAUACUUUUAUUGCGGUUUCAUGAUGUAUUAAUAAUUAAUUUAAUUAUUGUAUAUACAAUGUACGUAAGUCCUCAAGCCAUG